UCGAUUCACUCGACUGUAAAACUCUAACUAAUCUCGCUGUAAACCAUUGUCUCUAUCUCAAAAUCUCUGCCGAGAAAAGCCAAACAAACUUUAGCCACCAAGAAUUGAAAUUGACUUUUUUCUUUUUCUUGAAUCAAGUUGCACUCCCCUUUUAAAUAUAGUUUCCACGAAGAAGGGGACAGUCAAAAACAACUCAAAAGGCCAGGAAACAGUGGCCACGAGGAAGCUGCAGAUAAUUGUAAAGUAUAGUAUUCAACAACAAAGAUUUUGGGGUUAUUUUGCCUUUUUCAGCUUCAGAUUUAAUACAACGGAGAUCCAUUGAUUAGCCACUAAUUACUGCCCUUUUCAGCUUCAUCGAUUGUUUAGCCGUAAAGGGUCAGCCGGCUCUCUCUCUCUCUCCUAAAGCUGCUGCAAGAUUCAUCCUUUGAGACUUGAGUUGUUUGCUUUUCUUGUUUCUUGCUGGAAAGAUUUUGUGAGAAUCUUGGGCUUCUUAUUUGGGAACAUAUUUGAGGUAGUACAUAUAUAUGUUGCUACUUUGUUAAAAAUUUGAUCUUUGUGAAUAUUUGCAGCCAGCUUUUUGUAUGCUGUGGGGUGGGAGUUGUAGAUCCUUAUGAUUGUUGCAUAGUUUCCUGUAAUUUCAGGAUCCAUGCUGAAUUGGAUUUUGUAAUUUUUGGGUGAAAUUUUUGGGAUUGGAUAUUUUUGGGGGUAUUAUUGUCAUCAAAAUAACUUUAUUGAUUGGAAUGAGAGUAUUGGUGGUGGAGACUUGAUUGGUUGUUUGUAGCAUCAAAAACAGUGGUGGGAUUUGUGUGAUUUCUUUUAGGGUUGUUGUUUUGUUAUGAGAGAUUGCUCAGUUACAACAACAACAAAAACGAUGAUGGAAGCAGAAGAGGACUUGAUUGCUGCGGCGCAGCUAAUCAUGAGAGCAUUGGAAUCAAACAUGAAGCUGAGUGAUGAUGCUAGAAAAGUUUUGGCAAAUCUUGGCUCACAGUUGAGCAGCAUAGCUAGAGCUAGCGAGAGCCGGGAUGAGGAGUUCGAGGAGGAGGAGGAGGAAGAGGAAGAGGGGAUUAGUGAGAUCGAGCAGCAGCUCGAUAAGAUUCAAGAUAAGGUCAUGAGUUGGGAGAAUGAUCAGUCUACUAUGAUAUGGGAUUGUAGCAAUGAAGAAGCUUAUGAUUAUGUGAGAGCUGUUGAUGAAGCUCGAAGGUUGGUUGAGGUUUUGGAGAAGAGGAGCUCGAGUAAUAGUGGCAGUGACGACGAUGUUUCGCUGCGCAGGGCUCACGACAUUCUUCAGACAGCAAUGGCUAGACUGGAGGAGGAGUUCAAGCACUUGCUGGUGCAGAACAGGCAGCCCUUUGAGCCGGAGCACAUGUCGUUUCGUUCCACUGAGGACGAUCUGAUUGAGGCCGGCUCUGUGAUCUCGUCCGGGGAUGAUUCCCUCGAGGAUGUUAGGGAUAGCAUGGGCCGGCCCUCGGAGGAGUACGCGGUGGAGCUGGUGAAUCAGGAUGUGGUGCAAGACUUGAAGAGCAUUGCUGGUUUGAUGUUCGACUCCGGUUAUGGGAGGGAAUGCUCUCAAGUGUUUGUGAAUGUGCAGAAGGAUGCCCUAGAUGACUGCCUCUUCAUUCUUGAAGUGGAGAAGCUGAGCAUUGAGGAUGUGCUGAGGAUGGAGUGGAACGCGUUGAACUCGAAGAUCCGGCGGUGGAUCCGGGUGAUGAAGGUGUUCGUGCGCGUCUACCUCGCCAGCGAGAAGCUGCUCACGGAUCAGAUAUUCGGGUCCGUGAGCUCUGUCUGCUUCGCGGACUCGUCAAAGUCCGCGAUGCUGCAGCUUCUCAACUUCGGCGAGGCCAUAUCCAUCGGGCCGCACCAGCCGGAGAAGCUGAUCCGGAUCCUCGACAUGUACGAGGUGCUCGCGGAUCUCACGCCGGACAUAAUGGCCCUGUACUCGGACGAGGCAGGGGGGUCCUGCGUUAGGGCCGAGUGCCGGGACGUGCUGGAGAGGCUGGGGGAGUGCGCGAAGACGACCUUCGUCGAGUUUGAGAACGCCGUGGCGUCCAACGUGUCGAGCAACGCCUUCCCCGGCGGCGGGGUCCACCCCCUCACGAGAUACGUGAUGAACUACAUCAAGGCCCUGAUGGACUACAGGGGAACCCUAGACAAUGUGUUGAGGGAGAGGGGGGACGAUGAUCCGGCUCCGGCCCCGGCCUCCCCCGACACCAGUCCAUCCGGUGAGGAGGAGGAUGGAGCCUCGUGCGCCUCCUCCGCCAUGGCCGUGCAUUUCAGGUCGCUGAUCUCGAUUCUCGAAGCCAACCUCGACGGCAAGGCCAAGCUGUACAAGGAGGAGUCGCUCCAACACCUCUUCUUGAUGAACAACAUCCACUACAUGGCCGAGAAGGUGAAAGGAUCCGAUCUCCGCACCGUGCUGGGCGACGAUUGGAUCCGAAAACACAACUGGAAGUUCCAGCAGCACGCGAUGAACUACGAGAGGGCGACGUGGAGCUUGAUUCUCGCCCUGUUGAGGGAGGAGGGCUUCCAAAACCCGGGCGCCAACUCCGUGUCAUCGAGGACUCUCAAGGAGAGGCUGCAGAGCUUCUACGUCUCGUUCGAGGAGGUCUACAAGAGCCAGACGGGGUGGUCGAUCCCGGACCCUCAGCUCCGGGACGACCUCCGGAUCUCGACGUCCCUCAAGGUCAUCCAAGCUUACCGGACUUAUGUGGGAAGACAUAGCAAUCACAUCAGUGAGAAACACAUCAAAUACAGUGCUGAUGACUUGGAGGAUUACCUUAUGGAUCUCUUUGAAGGAUCACAAAAAUCUUUGCAUGGAAGCCAUAGGACAAGAUGAUGUAACAUAAUUUUUUCUUUUGCUUUUGAGUUUGGUGGAAUCCAUAUAUCUAAGAGUUUUGUGUCUCUCAUUUUACAAGAGAUGGAUUGUUUUGUUGUUACCUACUUUUUUGUGAUACGAGGUUGCAGUUUUGGAUA